AACAAAUCCAAAAAUGGCACAAAUCAAUACUCUUUUCCCCUUUACGGUGAGGAGACGUGCACCGGAGCUGAUUUGUCCGGCUAAAGACACGCCAUGUGAAUUAAAACUUCUAUCCGAUAUUGAUGACCAAGACGCGUUUCGGAACCGAGUACCGGUGCUUAUGGUUUAUCGUGAUAAUUCAAAAAUGAGAAACCACAAUCCGGUGAGUGUGAUCAAAGAGGCUCUUGCUAAGGUUCUAGUAUUUUACUAUCCAUUUGCUGGCCGACUCAGGGAAGGUCCUGCCAGGAAGCUGAUGGUGGAUUGCAAUGGUGAAGGUGUAUUGUUUAUUGAAGCGGAUGCAGACAUAACGUUGAAGCAAUUUGGUGAGGCACUUCACCCACCGUUUCCUUGUUUAGACGAGCUACUUUAUGAUGUUCCUGGAUCUUUCGGCACCCUCAACUCACCGUUGCUACUAAUUCAGGUGACACGACUUUUAUGUGGAGGUUUUAUCUUUGCUAUAGGACACAACCACAAUAUGAGUGACGCUUUCGGAAUCGUUCAAUUUAUGAAAGCAUUAGGUGAAAUCGCACGAGGUGAGUCAUUACCAUCAACAUUGCCUGUGUGGGAAAGGGAGUUACUUAACGCAAGGGAUCCACCACAUGUGACGUGUACUCAUCAUGAAUUUGAUGAAAUGUUAAACCCCAACACGGAUGUAACUAUUAGAAUGAAUGAUAUGGUUUUAAAAUCAUUUUUCUUUGGGCCAAUUGAGUUGUUAGCUUUACAUAGAUUUGUUCCGAAACACCUAAAAUCUUGCACUACCUUUGAUGUGGUGACAACUUGUCUAUGGCUUUGUCGUACCAUUGCGUUGCAAUUAGAUCCCGAAGAGGAGUCACGGAUCGGAUUUAUUGUCAAUGCACGCAACAAAUUUAGUCCUCCCCUCCCAAAAGGAUAUUAUGGAAAUUGUAGUGCGUUUACAGUUGCCAUUUCCACCGUCUUUGAUCUUUUAAACAAACCCUUUAGCCAUACAUUAGAGACUUUGAUGAAGGCAAAAUCUAGUGUCAACGAAGAAUACAUGAGAUCUCUUGCUGACUUGUUGGUACUCAAAGGACGCCUCGACGUCACUGUUUUUCAAAACUAUGUUGUCAAUGAUUUGACACGUGCUAGAUUUGAUGUUGUUGACUUCGGGUGGGGGAAGCCAGACUAUGGAGGGUCUGGAAAAACAGGCUAUCUUGAUUGUAGUAACUAUCAUCCAUAUACAAACGAUAAGGGUGAGUCUGGAAUUUUGGUACCCAUAUAUUUGCCGAGUUUUGCGAUGGAAAAGUUUGUCAAACAGUUGAAGAAGAUGUUGGCUCAAGAUAACAGCCAUCAGUUACUCCAAGCGAACAAGUUACAUGCUCCUUCCAAGUUAUAAACUCCAUGUUGUC